GCGGCCGUCCAGGUCGUGAGGAGCGUCGGCCGCUGGUCGCUCGGCGCGGAGCGGCGGGAGACGUCCGCGCACGCGGCCUGGUGCGACGCCAUCGCCAACGCGGAGCGGUUUUUGUACGUGGAGCAGCAGUUCUGGAUCACGUCCCUCGACGAGGACGCCGCGCGCUGGGAGCAGUCCGCGGCGCCCCGGCUGCGGCGCGCGAUCGGGAAAGGCGAGACGUUCCGCGCGCUGCUCGUGCUGCCGCUCCACCCGAACGGGCGGUUCCUGGACAGCGAGGAGGUGCACGGCGUCAUGCAGCAGCAGUUCUGCUCCAUCUGCCGGGGCCCGGGGAGCCUGCUGGGCAAGCUCGCGGCCGAGUUCCCCGCCGUCGACCUCGACCGCUACGUGAAAUUCUGCUGCCUCCGGACGUUCCAGGACCUGGACGCGGGGCCGGCGAGCGAGAUGGUCUACGUGCACAGCAAGCUGCUCGUCGCCGACGACGCCGUGGCCAUCGUCGGGAGCGCGAACGUGAACGACCGGAGCUUGCUGGGGGACCGCGACACGGAGGUCUGUUUGGUCGUCGAGGACCGGGCCGCGGUC